ACUAUAGAUAUAGUAUAUUUUUCACAUAAACAAAUAAUACGCAAUUAAUGAGCAAAUAAACGUUUACUUAAAUAAUAAAUUUCUCAAAAAAUAUUUAUAAAAAUAAUAUUUAAAAUCUGGUUAUUUUUUGUUUACAAAACAAUAAUUGAAUUAUUGUAAAUUUCUACUCGAUUUCAAAUUGACGCGCUGCCAUAAAAUGACCAAAUCAACGCAAAAUAAAAUAAUAACUCACGACUUCUUGUUAACAAUAGAAGAUAAUUAUCAUGAAUGGCUCGAUUCCCAUCGCAUUAAAUUAUUAGAUCCAGACUCAUGUGGAGAAUUUUAUAUUUCAGUAAAAUUGGGUAAAUUGAGCAGUUUGGAUGUCAAAGUAACAAAAACGUUCGAUAAAUCGGCAAUGGCAAUUAUCGAGUUACAAACGAACGGAAUGUUCUGUCACGUAAAAGAUGUCCCUGAUUGGAAGGAGUCUUGUAAUUUUAAUAUCGACUUCCCAUACUAUUACUUGCAAUACUCUAAUGCUGAACUAAAUGAUAAUUUUAAAUAUUACCUGAGUAUUAAAUGCAAAAUAAUCUGGUUCGGAUUCAAAGACGAAUUGGUGGCUUCAAAUUUGUAUCGAGAUAUGAAACAAUUUCUCAUAAAUAUCGAAUGCAGUGACGUCGUCGUGCAAAUAAAGAACCGGCAAUUUCCGAGCCAUAAAAAAAUUUUAGUAUCACAAAGCCCAGUUUUGAAGUCAAUGCUGAUGACGACUACGAAGAAGUUCAGAAAAAAAUAUAUCAAGUUACCAAAAAUUGACACGGAAACAGCAGAAGAAUUAUUCCUGUUUUUGUACACCGGAAAAGUCGACAAAGCCAACGAUGAUUUUGAACUGGCGGUCAAAUUGUUUGAAGUCGCGAAAGAUUAUCAGAUAUCUGGAUUAAUUAAUUUAUGCGGAUUAUUACUCAGUGAUAAAAUAACAAGAGAGAAUGUAAUAAAUUUACUAAAAUUAGUUGAAGAUCAGAAAGAAGACGAUGUAUUUAUUUUACAGCAACGCGCGAUUGCGUUUAUUUGGAACAAUCGCAGAGAAAUUCUCACACUGGAUAAUUUUAAAGAGUCGUGUAAAUUUAUACCCCAGUCGUUAUUCAAAAUCAUUGAAAAAGUCAUCGACUAAAA